CUAGAGAUCUCUCUCUCACACAAUAAAUGUCUUCCCUCCCUUGACCUCUGCAUUUCCCACUUUCUGUUCUAACUACCCUCUUAUCUUCUCUUUUUUGCUCUGCUUCUUCAACUAGUCACCAUUACCAGAACCAAAGUGUUAACCUCUGUAAAGGCAAAAGAAAAAGCUGCCCCUGUUUUCAUACCCAGCCACACAGUACCAACUUCUGAUGUUUGUGCUUUUUAUGGAAGAAACACAACACUAGAGGUUAAGAAUUCUGUUUCUGACACAGGAAAGAAACCAAAAUGGGUUGCUUCUUGAGUAGUGACAGAUCUUCACAUUCACCUUCAUCAUUAGCAAAGAGCAACGAUUGUCAGGCACCGAGAUCUAGCUUGAAAGCUGCAGAAAGCAGAGCACCCCCGCCGGAGGAAGAGACGGUGAAGGAAGUGUUAUCUGAGACGCCAAAAUGGAAGCCAAGCUUGGUCAAAUUUGAAGCAGAGAAGCCAGUGUUUGAAGAACAGAGCAAGGUUGAGAAGCCAUUCCUCAAAGUUGAAGAGAUCUCUGAAGUCUCAGAAGUUUGCAGCUUGAGCGAGAGCAUAUCCACGACCACGGCCACUGAUAAGAGAGAAGAGGAAGAAGAAUUAAUCAGAAGGGUCAACGGAUCUCCGGCGAGAAUGCGUAAAAAUCGAUCCUAUACUGGCGGCAGAACAGAGAGGUCGCCCGCCGGGAAAUCGCCGGCGAGGAGGUCGGAGCAGUCCCCAGCUCGGAGGAACGCCGGGAGAGGAUUUCAGAGCAGGGACCAGCAAAUGGGGAAUGCGGGAACCUGGAACCAGCCUCACCGGCGAGACGCCGGUGAGAAAUCCGGCCGUCGGUCCAGGUCACCGGCCACCCGCACAGACUAUGGAGCAGCACCGAGAUCCGUCGUGGGUCGGAGCCCAUCUACGAGAAGAACUAACCAAUCUCCUGCAAGGGUCAGAGCCGCCUUGCCGGAGAGUGGUGGCCGGAAAGUGGAGAAUUCAACGGUGGAGGAUAAAUGGCCAUCAUCUUCAGCUAAUGAGUCACUAGAAAACCCACUUGUGUCAUUGGAAUGCUUCAUCUUUCUCUAGGAUUUCUCCAAUUCCGGCACGGCCAUGAUGGCGGUGGUGCCACCACUCAGCCACCAUAGAGUAGGUGAAGUUAAUGUGCCAAAGUCAUACACUAGUUACUACUAGUAUUAAGUUAUUACUAAUUGUCAUUAGUUAAUUGAUAUAAUUGCUGUAAUUUCUUGAAUUAGUGUAUGGAGUAAAGUCAAAAGGUCAAUUUUAGAAGUUAUUAUAGGAUAGAGAGAAUGUGUGGUUUAUAAUUAUCUUCUCAAAUCCCAACAUGGUGUUUUGGAUAGUAGAAUACGUAAAUGGUAAAUUAUGGUAAGAAAUUGACCUCUGAAAUUACCUGAACCACUGCUCUGUUUCCUUCUGAUUCUGCUCUGAGAAUACAUUGAUUACAAUACUUAUAGUCUUAUACUCCAUCUAUUGGCAGUUUAGGAAAGAUUGCGUUUCUGUCAUCUAUGAUUCAGUCUGUACCAAAAUAUAUUUGCAUACGGUUCC